UUUUAUAAUUUUUUUAUAUUAUAUUUUGUAUAAUAGUUUUUAUUAGUAUCUGUAUUUUUAUCAAAUUCGCUCUAUUGUUGUAUUCUAUUAGCUUCUAUUUAUUUGUACAUUAUUUUUAUCCCUAACGGAUGUUGUUUUUAGUUAAGUUAGAUGAAUUUAUUAAUUUCACAAUACACUGAACUUACGACUAAUUUUUAGAAUUUGUAACAUAAAUCAAAUAAACUUAAAUUAUAAUGAAGGUAUUCUGGCUGUAUCGAUUGAUUCUAUACUUCAUUAUCUCAACAACCAUCGGACCGUACUACGAUGGCUGGUCCUCCACAGCUAAGUAUUUGAUUAGCGAAGGAGUAUUUUCUAAGUUGUGUCAGGACGGAGAUGAGCCACCAAAGCUGUUUUACCUAAAGCCUCUGUGUGACCAUCAGGCUUACACUGUGGGCAGAUUACUGUCAUUUUACAGGAUUUCAGAGUUUUUGUCAAGCAUUUUCACUGGGAUUUUCAUGGACAACCUUGGCCCUAAAUUUACCGUUUUAUUUUCGAUAAUACUCAGGGUUGUUUCUUGGAUUUUGAUACCCUUAUGUACCAACGUUCACGCAGUUAUCAUCCUCUCUUGUAUCCUCUGUGGCAUUUCCUCUAAUGGAAUUGCGUUCCCAGUAUUCACUAUCGCACAAUACUCUAAGAAAUACUUCAAUGCGUGCAUGGUUGCAAUUUCCGUUUCUCUGAGUUUCGGCACGUUCUACACAUUCAUCCUCAACCGUAUUAAGUACUGGCUCUCAGAUUACAAGCCCAUCAACAUCAUUGUUUUCAUGCUCAUUCUAACACAUUUGCCCAUUUUUAUACUCUCCCUGUUUCUGUUCCCAAACUCCCUGGAGAAAGAUGUAAAGCUUAAUAUAACAGAAGAAAUGCACUCUAAGAAGCAAAAAUCCCUGUCUGAAACUCGUGAAGAAGCUUUAUACAUUCCCAACAAUAAGUGGGAAUUUAAGACCUUUUUAUCGAUUCUUGGCCGAAUUGAUAUCCUCGUUUUGUCUUUCGCCUCCAUGGUGAAUGUGAUUUCACUCACUUUUGCUCAGGAGUCAUUCCCUAUUUUGUAUGGUGACAACAAAACUGCUCUAACUGUUAACGAGAUUUUAAUCCCGCUCUCGUUUGUUUUUUCCAUACUUUCAACCUUUGUUCUCAACAAAGUUGGUUCCGUUCCCAUCAUCCUCUUCCUCAACGUCAUCAGCGCAGUCAUGCACAUGACAAUGUUUUUCACCAACUUACCCGCCUCUGUCUUCACAAGCAUUUUAAUGUCACUAAACUACAGUCUUUUCAUGACGCAGUACUACAUUUAUUUGGACAGCCAAGUUCCUAUACAGUACCAAGGAAGUAUUAAGGGGUUCCUCGUCACUCUUAUAGGCUUUGUACUCUUUGUUAAUAUUGGACUUAAUUAUCUUUCCAAGACUUACUUCUACACCAGGGAGAUACACCUAGCAAUUAUGGCAAUAAGGUUUUUGGUGAGUUUGCCGCUGUACUUUUUCCUAAAGCGAGAGUUGCCUUCACGCUCAAAGUCGUUUGACAUGGCAUAAUCUGCUAUUAUUGCUG